CUGUAUCCAGUAGAAAGCCGCUCACUUAGGAACGUGUUCAGUGUUGAGAAAUACAAUGUUGUGCUAGCUAGCUCGGCGUUAGCAAGCUCAGCAAGUUUGCUAGUACAGUUGUCCUGGCCGCUGGCUGCUGAUGAGGCUGCUGAUGAGGACGAUAACGAUGGGAUUAACAGAGAGCUGAGACUUUGCAAGCAUGGAUGUGGUGUCACCAGAGCUGAACAGCCUCCUUCCUGAUGAGAUCAUGGAUACUGAGGCCAUAGAGGACGUUCCUAACUCCCAACCUGAAGGCACCAUGGCCCAGUCAGAGCCCAACGACGACACAUCGGUCCCAAUGGAAACGGAUACACCAAUGGCUUCAGAAAAUUUGAGCCUUUGUUCAGAUGCAUCUUCAACAGAACAUACUCAGACUCUGCCCACGCCCACAGCUACAGACUCCACACUCAGCAUCAGCCCUGGAAGUCAGCUUCCUAUCUCCAUUUCCACUGCAUCCUCAACCAUUCUUGCCCUCAAACCAGUUUUGUCUACUUCCACGGCCACAACUAAAACUACAGAUAGUGUAACUGGGACUAGUAUCACUACUAGUGGACUACAGAAGCUCACGGCUCCGUUCACCAUCUCUGCUGCAAACCACCAGAUUAUUCUCAAUAAGGUGGCCUCAUCUCAAGCCACCGAGGCAGCAAAGUCUGCAGGUACUCCACCCCAGGUCAUCAAGCAGGAGGGACAGAAACUUUUGGUUACAGCAAUAGGAAAGUCAGGGCAGCCUAUAGUGCUUCAGCUGCCCCACACAGGCAACAAGCCUGGCGUCUCACAGACUUCAGGAGACACCAAGUCUCCAGCGCCACAGUUUAAAGUGGUAACUAUUGGUGGGAGGUCGGAGCUGAAGCCAGUGGUGGGGAGUGCUGGCAACCAGGUGACCACAUUACAGGCCCAGCAGCUGAAGACUGUACAGAUUGCCAAGAAAACACCAGCAUCUUCAGCUGCACCUAUCAAGUUUAUCAUCACAAAAACUGUUAACAGCAAAAGUCUCAGUCCGCAGACAUCAGUUCCUCCUGUAAUUGCAGGACGGGUACUGACUCAGAGUUCACCAGGGAUUCCCCCAAGGACCAUCACUCUCUCUGAGCCACACAACACUAGUAUACAAAGCAUCCCUGGCAAGAAGAUUGCUAUUUCACCCCUCAAGACUCCCAGCAAGGUGACUGUGGUGUCUGUGGCUUCGCCGACCUCCAACGCCUCUCAGAAGUCUGUAGCGCUGCCCGUCAAUGUAGCACUUGGCCAACAGAUCCUCACAGUCCAGCAGUCCACAUCUGCAUCUCCAGUCAAAGUGGCCACCAGCCAAACUACAGCACAGAGUAUUAAACCUGUGCAGUCUGUGGCUGUGGGAGGAGUUGGUGGUUCCCAGUUUAAGACCAUCAUCCCGCUGGCCACCCAGCCGAAUGUGCAGCAGAUUCAAGUGCCAGGAAGCCGGUUCCACUACGUUCGCCUCGUCACAGCAACCACAGCGAGCAGCACAGGGCAGCCCAGCGGUCCCAGCACCAGCUCCUUACAGACAGCUAAACCCAUGGUGGUCAGUACAGGAGCAGUCAGGAUGUCUGUCCCAAUCGUCCCACCACCGACCAUGAAGCAGGUGGCUCCUAAGCCCUUGACAUCAGCAGCACAAGUAGUAACCACCACUCAGACCCAGCAACGCCUGAUCAUGCCUGCAACUCCACUGCCCCAAAUCCAGCCCAACUUCACCAACCUACCUCCAGGCACUGUCCUGGCACCAGCUCCUGGAAGCGGCAACGUGGGCUAUGCAGUGGUGCCAGCACAAUAUGUCACACAGCUCCAGCAGUCACCAUUUGUAACGCUUGCCAGCAGCUCUGGUUUCCCUGCGUCCACUGGCAUCCAGACUCAGGCUAGGUUGCCUCUGAAUGGCUUGUCAGCAGCAGAAACAACCUCGAGACCAAGGAAACCAUGCAACUGCACCAAGUCACAGUGUCUCAAACUAUACUGUGACUGCUUUGCCAAUGGAGAGUUCUGCAAUAACUGUAACUGCAAUAACUGCUUCAAUAACCUUGAACACGAAACAGAACGUCUCAAAGCCAUAAAGACGUGUCUGGAUCGAAAUCCAGAGGCCUUCAAACCUAAAAUUGGUAAAGGCAAAGAGGGAGAGUCGGACCGUCGACACAGUAAAGGCUGCAACUGCAAACGAUCAGGCUGCUUGAAGAACUACUGCGAGUGCUACGAGGCGAAGAUCAUGUGCUCAUCCAUUUGUAAAUGCAUUGGCUGCAAAAACUUUGAGGAAAGCCCAGAGAGGAAGACGCUGAUGCACCUGGCCGAUGCAGCAGAAGUGAGAGUACAGCAGCAGACGGCAGCCAAAACCAAACUGUCUUCACAGAUCUCAGACCUGCUCAUGAGGACGACGCCUGUUAUUUCAAGUGGAGGCGGGAGGCUUCCGUAUACGUUUGUAACAAAGGAGGUUUUAGAAGCGACGUGCGAGUGUUUGCUGGAACAGGCCAAAAAGGCAGAACAGACUCAUCAGCCUCAGGCAGAGGCAGAGAGGCUGAUCCUGGAGGAGUUCGGACACUGUCUCAUGAGGAUAAUCAGCUCGGCGGGGAAAGCUAAAGCAGACUGUGCCUCUAUCAACUGCUAGGCCAAGCUCUCCUGACGCUCUCCGCCCUCUGACCCUCCCCAGCUGGGGGCGCUGAGACACAUGAAUUUCUUUGCACUCUGUCUCGGACCCCUGGAGUUUCUGUCCUGCAUGGAAACAGGUUCUCUCCGUCAUCAGAAGGCAGAACAAUAACCUGAAGGCAGACAGAUCCCCCCGCCUUAGGCAAGCAAAGGCCAGCUGGAAUAAUAAACAUGGAACAGAUUGCACUGUUCACCUAACUGAAGGACACAUGGACAGAGCUGCCUUUCAAGUUAUCAUCACACUUGUCCACCUGGUUGUGAUGCACAGAAAAGACUGAGUGAGGUCGUGCUAAACAGGAAUUUAAGCAUUCUUUCACUUCCCUUCAAGGCCCUAUCAAAGCUGUUUGUUCUUCCAUUUUACCCUGAUUUCCUGUUAUUCUUUUUCAUUUCGAGGUUUUCAAAAAAAUGCCUGUAAUUUUUACGUAAUCAGUAUAUUUGUGCUUACGGUAGACAAACAGAACAUGUAUCUUUUGAUAUUUAUUUUUAUUGUUAAUCAUUGUGAGCGCUAAUAUUGUGUGGCUUAUAGUGCUGCAACCUGUUAAUUAACCAAGGCUAGGCUAAAUUGUUUCAAUGAAAAUAAGUAGAGGCAAUCUUUGCUUUAAUCCUAAAUGCAAUUGUAAGAUGAAUGCAGUCUCACGCACUCACACACAGACAGACACACACACACACACACACACACCCCUAAACAAUACAUAGCACUGCUCAGAAUAGCGAAAACAUGGCUACACUAACUGAGGUACACGAUUCUCCCGGUGCUGUCUCAUGUUUUAUUAGUCACAUGCUUACUGUACAUUAAAAACACAAUGACUUUAAAAAUAA